UGAUCUAAUAGUUUGUCAAAUGAUUCUCCGUCCAUGGGAAGAAAGUUCUUGAAAACAUCAGGUUCACUAAUUCUCAGAUCAUUUGUUAAAGGAGCAUGACCAAAUCGUUCACGACACAAAUACCAUUGCUGGGCCCACUUUCGUCUCUUUCGUUUCUGUGCUCUUCAACGCUAAGCCAAGAGCCAACGCUGUAUAUGCAUCCAUGAUGACACUCGGGAGCAAAAUGAAAAUUUGAGAAGUUUGAGCGUGUAGGGCGAACGUCAAACCGUCAAAUAAUUUGACAUAAAAAAAAUUUGACCAAAAAUUUGAGCGUGUGUGGGCCGCUUAAGAGUGUGAUAAUUAGUCUCAGUGCAAAAGCAGCGUGAAUAAUAAGGUAUCAUAAAAAGAACACUUUUAGACUGUCUUAAGCUAUUCCCUUUAGGGAAUGAUGAAAGUGACACCAAAGCGGCGGGCCAAUUAACGGUAAUAUGUAACAAACAAACGCAGUCUAAGUAUUUUACAUAUUAGUCGUGUAUUGCAUAAUGACAGAAAGUGGUGGCGUUCUCAGCUGCAUUUGCGGCCGUUUGGAACUUGCUGUUGUUGUUGAAGGUUAAGCGCGCAGAAUGCCGGGACCGGCUCUUGCUUUUCGGCAAUCUAUGAAUUUUGACACUUGUGAAGUCAAGUCGGCCUUCGAGAAGCGAGAGUUGACUGGACCUCUGGGUGACUUCGGUAACUGAGAACGCCUCCGCCUCUCUCCAGCUGAUCUUGGCAACAACAACAUUGAAGGUCCCGUAACGUCGUCGUCGUCGCCUCGACCGAGUCAUUAUACUCACUAGAAACUCCUCUCACGUUGCAAUGCAAAUGACCUGAUUGACGCUGACGCGCAUUGUAGUUUAUCUGGAGAGUUCAGUAUGAUAAGACACGGCAUAAACUCGCUUUCUCGCGCUUGGUUGAAGAACAAGGUGGAUUAUAAUAUUAGGAGUAGCAAUGCGCUCGGGACUUUCACCAGAUACUUUGCUUCAAGUUCAAGCUAUGAGCCGGAAGACGAUGUGGUUGUUGGUUGGUGGCGGCAUUGUUGGAAUGGCAGCAGCUCGAGAGCUUUCCAUCAGACACCCAAACUUGAAACUGUGUGUAGUGGAGAAGGAAGAUCGAUUAGCGGCUCACCAGAGCGGACAUAACAGUGGAGUGAUCCAUGCUGGCAUCUACUACAAACCAGGUUCAUUGAAAGCAAAGCUCUGUGUAGAGGGACUUCACCUCUCUUACAAGUAUCUAGACGAAGAAGGAAUCCCUUACAAGAAAUGUGGCAAACUUAUUGUGGCCUUAAAUGAUCUGGAAGUUAGUCGAUUGAUGGAUCUCUAUGACCGGGCACAAAAAAAUGGUGUGCCAGAUGUAAAAGUGAUAGAUGGAAGUGAGAUCAAGAAAUAUGAACCCUAUUGCCAGGGUCUGAAAGCCAUUUGGUCUCCUCAUACUGGCAUUGUUGACUGGGGUCUUGUCACCGAGCAUUAUGGAAAGAAUUUUCGUGACAAUGGUGGGAGUAUAUACCUUGAUUUCAAAGUCAGUGGGUUUGAACUGACUGAAGACAAACCAGGGUCAACAGAGGCACAUCCAGAGUAUCCAGUUAGGGUGUUCAGCAAAGAUAAAGCUGUCCGUUGCAAGUAUGUUUUAACCUGUGGAGGGCUGCAGUCUGAUAAAUUGGCAGAACUUUCUGGUUGUUCGGGUGACCCUCACAUAAUACCUUUCCGUGGAGAAUAUUUGUUACUCGCCAAAGAAAAGGCUCACAUGAUCCGUGGUAACAUUUAUCCAGUACCAGACCCAAGAUUUCCAUUCUUGGGUGUCCACUUUACACCUAGAAUGAAUGGCGACAUUUGGCUUGGACCUAAUGCUAUUCUUGCAUUUAAACGUGAAGGAUACAGUUAUUUUGACAUCGAUCUAAAGGAAUUGUGGCAAGCGAUAAGUUAUCGUGGCUUUCAAAAACUAGCACUGCAGUAUGUUGGAUUUGGUAUCGGUGAAGUUCUCCGCUCAUUCUUUCCUCGACUUCAGGUGUCAACUCUCCAGAAGUUCAUUCCUGAAAUUACAUCUGCUGACAUUAGCCGUGGACCAUCAGGAGUACGUGCACAGGCCAUGAAUAGGGAUGGAAGCCUUGAGGAUGACUUUGUAUUUCACCGAGAGCUAAAUUGCAAAUUGGGAGCCCGUAUCUUACACUGCAGGAAUGCUCCUUCACCUGGGGCAACGUCUUCAUUAUCUAUUGCAAAAAUGAUUGCAGAUAAGUGUAAACAAGAGUUUGAUUUUUCUUAGACGCAUAGAGGAUAUUCUGUGAUAUUUAGAUUUAUAUUGGAGGAAUUCUACGGAUUUCUCUGUGUCUUAAUUAAGAGGUAGUUCUUGUCAGGACAGUAAUAUGACAGUAAAGGUUGAAUUUUAAGUUGUGUAGUUUAUAGAAAUUAGCACAAAAUGAUUUUAAGAAGGAUGUGAUCCAAAACUAUGUACAUAUACAGUAUAUAAAACUAGAAAAAUCCACAAAAUUAACAGCAUAUAGUUUUUUUUUUAUUUGAAAUCACUAGGUAGCCUAUUAAGUUUUGCAUUUCAAGGAGGUUGUAUUUUAAUAGGAACUUUUAUGCUUACCAAUGACAAUAUUCUUUUAGGUUUUACAACUCAAAUUUUGCAGUUGGUAUUUUUUAUACCAAGGUGUUGUGUUCAGAUGAAGCUAGAUCAAGAGUCAGAAAAGUUUUCGUGUUCUCAAAUAGUGAGGAAGCAUUAUACUAUAUCAAAGUUAUGGCAAAUUUAUUAGCACAAUCCAUUUAAAUAUCUUUUGUCAUCAUUAAGGUAUGACGAAAUUUUAUUAGCACCAAGUAUACUUCAGUAUCUUUUGUCAUUAUCAAGGUGUGAUGAGAUUUUAUUAGCACCAACCUUCUUAGACAUCUUUUGCUAAGUUUUUUAUCAGACCACUUUUGAUGAGUUAGGUACAUAUAAAGCUCUUCAACUUUAUUGUUUUUAUUUUUAAACAACAGCUGCUGCAUUUUCUUAGAUUUGUAACAUUUAUGUCACUUGAGUGGUGAUUACAGUUCAGGAGAUUGUUUUAAUUUGAUUUUGAAGGGAUUCUUCAGCCUUUUUUUUUUUUUUACCAGAUGACCAAAGCUAUAAUUUGCUGUCAAAUAGGACAUUAAAACUAGGUAAAACUGUUUAAGUGGAUGAGUAUGUAUGUAUUGUAUUACAUAAACAAUCAUUGAAGAUAAAGUUGGAACCAACUGCAUUUUAUAUAUAGUGUAUAUGUUUUUAAGUUUGUGGAUUUAAAAUUUUAUUUUAUGGACAGGGUAACCAGUACAUAUUGACUUUCAUUCUUGACAAGAACAAGUUUUUUUUAAUGUACAUUAUGCUCAUGUUGAUUAUUUUAAGGAUAAAGGUGGUAAGCAAAAUAAAUGUGAAGAAAGCCUUUGUUACCAGUCUACAAGUGUAUUAAGAAGGUAAAUCUUCAGUUGCAGCUUGCAUCAGAACCAUCAUAAUUGCCUCCAUUUUCCUAGCUUUAAUAUUUUUUGUUUGGGUUAUCAAAUGAAAUUAUAUUAGAGGAGAUAUCUUUUAUAUACUACUUAGUUGGCAGGUGCUUAACCACUCUCUCCUUUCAAGGGCUGGAAACUUAAUGAGAAUUGUUAUUUAGAAAUAGCCCCUGGUAUGUUAUACAAUAUGUGAUUAGCCUUUUUGUGGCUGUGGGUUGAAAUCAUAUCGAAUAUCCACAGCAGUGAAAACUUCAAUUUAAAUACCUAGUUCCCUGUAGUGACAGACCAGGAGAGCAGUUCACAGCUAGUUAAUCAUAACCAGCAUUAUGGCAAUGUAGAUUUGCCCUUCCAUUGAUGUAGCCUCAUUAUGUAUGGCAUUUACCAUGUCCUUCAUGGAGCUGCCACAUUUACUGGGAAUUACAGAUGCCCACCUACCUGUUUUAUAAGUAUGCCAAAGGCUCAGUGAUAUAUUUAUCCAUUUUGUUUAAUUUGCUAGCAUUUUAAACAUCUACCUAAAGUGUCGGUGCAAUACAAAAAAAAUGACUUUUAAAGCUACCUAAUUUAUUGAAAAUGGAAGAUAUUUACUUUAUAUAUUAUAACUUAUAUCAAGAUAAAAUUAUGUAUAAUUAUUGUAAUUACCCAAUAUGCCUUCCUUUUAGCUAUCCCUUUUAUUUUUUGCAGUUUCAUUUAUAAUAAUGAACACUUGUCCUGUUUUCUGUAUUUCCUGUGUGACAUGUUCAUGAGGACAUUUAAAUGAGUAUCUAAACUGUGAGCUAAUUCCUUUUUUUUAUUUCUUUCUUACUAUGAUGUAUUUCCAAUCUUUAUUACUUUACUUUUUUGGGGGGUUACGAUGCAUCCCUCCUGUAUUACUCAUGGUAUUAUCAUUAUUUUUAGUACUUCAUGUAAUUAUGAACCAAAUAUAAUUAUAUUUGGAAUAUAUGUCUUACCUUUUUCUAAGGUUUAUUUUUGUGUUUGCUAACAACUGGCAUUGUAUAUAUUUUCCAAAAAAAGGAUAUCUAAAUUAUAAAUUUUCCACAAACUAGAUUUAAGAGGACUUGUUGCCACAGUUCUUUUCCACACUAUUGGUUUUAGUUUCAUAAGUACAGGCAUGCUCUGAUGUAAUGGAACAUGAUUCUUUUUGUAUCGUCCAAAAUCUCAGACUCGGCGCAACAGUUGCCAAGUACUAGUGUCAUCCUUUUUUUUUUUUUUCAAUGUCAUACAUGUUGAUAAAUUUGCAAAUU